AACAGAAUUAUUGCUUUUAACCCGUAUAAUUUUUAGGAACACCCCGCAGAGAAACUCCGCUUAGGCAUUGAAUCCUUGACUCAUAAAUCCUAACUGAGAUCAUUCUCAAGUUGAAUACACUUGGUCCCACGUAUUACAAUUAAUAAGUAUAAUUGACGCAAUCACGUGCACCCAAACAUUCGGGCAGGCGGGCAGCGUUAACGCCGUCUGUAUCAGCCACUAACGGCGUUUCUCUUUCUACACAAUAAUCAUUUAUUAUAGCUGUCCCCACCAAGUCUUAGGUUUGGACUCAGGUUCGGAUCUUUUAAAGCUACGAAAAAGCCAAAGCACAGCACAGCAACCACUCACUAAAUAAUUGAGUAAAAGAAGAGAGAGAAAUGGAAAGAAACAUCAGAGUUUAGAGAGAGAUAGAGUGAAGAGGGCUCCUUUUCUAGUGAGAGAAAUUUGUAGAGAGAGAAUGAGGGAGCAGAAAAAUCUGGAAAAGAUGGGCCAGAUCGUGAGGAGGAAAAAGAAAGGGAGACCAGCGAAGCCUGAUCCUGCGGGCCGCCGUGCAGGUGAGGCUGAAACGACGGAGAGGGACCUACGCCGGAGCCUUCGCCGAAGGAAUGUCAAGUACGUCUUCGAUCUCGACGAUUACUUUGACGACGACGAAAUAUUCGAGGAAACUGAUGAGGACCAGCGGCGGAAGGAGAAGAAGCUCAAGCUCUUGCUCAAGUUACAGAAUGACAAGGAUGGAUGCUCCGAGUCGACUCCUCGGUUCGGUGUUCACUCCCCCACUGUAUCUGCCUCUUCCUCCGAUGAGGAUAAGCCUUCGAAAAAGAGAAAAAUCGACGCCAGAGAAACUGGCGAAGAUGACGACGACGAAAAUGACGACAUCAAUGAUGAUGAUAAUUAUAGUGGUGAUGAUGACGAGGUUAGACAAACAAAGAUGGAGCCCAAAACCGUGCACUCGCAUCCAGGGACACCGGCACAGACUCUACCUAGGCUUCCAUUGCCUGAAAAGAAGACACUGGAGUUGAUCUUGGACAAGCUUCAGAAGAAGGAUAUUUAUGGCGUGUAUGCAGAACCAGUCGAUCCUGAGGAGCUUCCUGAUUAUCAUGAUGUAAUAGAGCAUCCAAUGGACUUUGCCACUGUGAGGAACAAUCUGGGUAAUGGAGCAUAUGAAACCUUGGAACAAUUUGAGAAUGAUGUUUUUCUGAUAUGCUCAAAUGCCAUGAAGUACAAUGCCCCAGAUACCAUAUACCAUAAGCAGGCACGCACCAUCCAAGAGCUAGCAAAAAGGAAAUUUCAAAAGAUAAGGAUAAAUAGUGAACGCUCAGAAAAGGAGCUCAAGCCAGAACAGAAUAUGAGAUCCAGCUCUGUUGUGAAGAAACAAAUAAAAAGAACAGUAAACCGGUCAGUGCAGGAACCUGUUGGGUCCGAUUUCUCAUCUGGAGCCACUCUUGCAACAGGUGGAGAUGUGCAGAAUAUUUCAAAUGCGCCUCAGUUUGGUGUAUCUGAGAGGCCUGGUAGCAUAGAUGGGUUUGUUGAGGGAAUUUCUUCCAUGAAUGACACCAAUUUAGACAAGGGAGAAGAAUCAAUUCCAGGGAAGGGUACACUGUCUAGAUUUGGUAGAAAAUUGGCCAUACAUGAUGAGAACCGUCGUGCAACAUAUAACAUAUCAUUAGCUCAACCAGUAGGUGGCUCAGAAUCUAUAUUUUCAACUUUUGAGGCGGAUAUGAAGCAGCUAAUUCCUGUGGGACUUUAUACCGAGUGCUCUUACGCUAGGAGUCUGGCUCGUUUUGCUGCAACUCUUGGGUCUGUUGCAUGGAAAGUUGCUUCAAAGAGGAUUGAGCAAGCACUGCCUCAAGGAUUGAAAUUUGGUCGUGGUUGGGUUGGAGAGUACGAGCCUCUUCCAACCCCUGUGUUAAUACUGGAAAAUUGCACCGUGAAGGAACCAACAUUUUUUGCAAAAAUAGAGCAUGUUACUGAUACAAGAAGGGGUGCGAAAACCUUUACAACCUCAGUUUCUUCCAUGGGAAACCCAGUUGGUGGAUCUUUCUCUGAAAAUAAAUUGCCAUUUUUUGGUCACGCUGGAGAUAGACCAACUGCUCGGUCUACUACCAACACCUCCGGUCCAGUGAAAGGACAGCAGGUUAGGAGGAAUUGUUCAGAAGUGAAAUCAUCUUUCUUUUUAUCUCCUGGAACCAAACCUACUGAUUCUACUACUCACAGUUACCAGUGUCAAAACUCGCAACCGUGGAAUUUUGUUGAACCCAAGAAAAAGGUUUUAAAGCAGGUUGAAUUGAACAGUCCACCCUCAGCCAAUCAAAGUGCACCUGAUUUUAUUGCUCAGAGGCAGAUUUCAAAGAAUUCAGAAAUGGAAGCUUCCAGGGCAAUGGAGUUGGCGUCCAAGAACAUGAAUCUUUUGACAUCUGGAUCCUUUAAACAGCCAACUACUAGUGGAAUUUCUGUUGGAGGAUUGCCUAAUGGGAAAGUGGUUAACAGUUUGGAUAGUAAUAUAGUAGCCAGUUCACCAUCUGACAUGUCCAAAACAGCAUCCUACUAUCCCCAUGGACAAGGGCAGGGUCUUAGUGACCCAGUCCAGUUGAUGAGAAUGUUAGCCGAAAAGGCUCAAGAUCAACAGAAAUCCUCAAAUCUGUCUCCAGCUAAUGCACCUCAAGAUUCGUCCCCUUCUCCAUCGAGUAGGUGUGAUUCAAAUGCUGCCGCAGCUGCUGCCCGUGCAUGGAUGUCUGUAGGGGCAGGUGGUUUUAGACAAGCUGGGGAAAGCACAAAUUUACACAUGAACCAGAUAUCUGCAGAUUCCUUGUAUAACCCAACUCAUGGUCUCCAGCCACAAGUAUCUCGAUUUCGUCCAGAGUUUUCUGGUGCCGGGAUGCAUUUUCAGCCUGAGAAGAACGCACCGCUUCAUGCCUUUGUUCCACAAGUCCCACAACCUAUUAGAGUAGGCAGUGAAGCCCAGUUUCCAAAUCAGCCAAUUGGUUUUCCCCAGUUGGUAACUGCUGACCUGUCUAGGUUCAACCUACAGUCACCUUGGCAGAAUCUCAGUCCGCAAAUGCAUGCAAAACAGAAGCAGGAAUCACUCCCUCCAGACCUGAAUAUUGGUUUCCAGUCACCAGGGUCUCCGGGUCGACACUCAUCAGGUGUCCGAGUUGAUUCUCAGCAGCCUGACCUGGCUCUGCAACUCUAGACGGCAAAUGAUGUUAAGGGUCGCAUCAUAAUUAGUUUUGUUAUCCUAGUUAUUGGCCAGAGAGAAUUUCAUUAAAUGGUAGAAUCCGAAAAUUUAUGUGCGCACCAGGAUUUGUGUUAGGCUAAUUUACAUCAAUUCAAAAGCGUCUGCCUGCCUUUAGUUUAGAUUUUAGAAUAGCCAGAAGAUACAAAAGAUGAUCAGUUUGGUCAGAAUUUUAUAGUUAGUAUAAAGCUUCUUGUUUGUCUUCUUUCUGGAUUGUAGACGGGGAUGUUAUUAGAAAGCUGGAACUUUCACAGUUCAGAUGAACGAGGUUUAUUACCUGGACUUGUGUAGCUCUUACAAACUUCGAUUCUUUCUUCUGCUUUAGAUUAUGGUAAGGAUCAUAUAUGCCCCAUAA